AAUACUCAUUUAUCCCCAGCUUCUGUUGAUUAGCUCAUUUUCACUGCGGCCUCUUCUCUUCGCUUUCCGUAUUGCAGUUUCUCUGAGGGAAAUGGCGGCUCCCGAGCAGCCUCUACCGCCGAUGGCAAGAGGAUGUCAGAACUCUGCUUCACUCUCUCCGUCACGGGGCGACCGAACCCUUCUUGUGAGGCACCUGCCAGCCGAGCUGACUGCUGAAGAGAAAGAGGAUUUGCUGAAAUAUUUCGGGGCGCAGUCGGUGCGCGUCCUGUCAGAUAAGGGACGACUGAAACAUACAGCUUUUGCUACUUUUCCUAGUGAAAAAGCAGCUAUAAAGGCAUUGACAAGACUUCAUCAGCUGAAACUUUUGGGUCAUACUUUAGUUGUUGAAUUUGCAAAAGAACAAGAUCGAGUUCAUUCCCCAUGUCCCUCUUCAGACACUGAAAAAAAGAAAAGAUCUGAUGAUCCUGUGGAAGAUGAUAAAGAAAAGAAAGAACUUGGUUGUUUAACCAUAGAAAAUGGGAUUGCACCAAACCAUGGGCUGACUUUUCCUCUGAAUUCAUGUCUCAAGUAUAUGUACCCACCACCUUCAAGCACAAUCCUAGCAAACAUAGUAAAUGCUUUGGCAAGUGUGCCUAAGUUCUAUGUACAGGUUCUUCAUCUUAUGAAUAAAAUGAAUUUGCCCACACCUUUUGGACCAAUUACUGCGCGACCUCCCAUGUAUGAAGACUAUAUGCCAUUACAUGCACCUCUUCCACCUGCAUCUCCUCAGCCACCAGAGGAACCUCCUUUGCCAGAUGAGGAGGAGGAAUUAUCAAGUAAAGAAUCAGAAUAUGAAAGCAGUGAUGAUGAAGACCGACAGAGAAUGACCAAACUAAUGGAACUAGCAAAUCUUCAGCCCAAAAGGCCAAAAACAAUAAAGCAGCACCAUGUUAGAAAAAAGCGAAAAAUAAAGGAUAUGUUGAAAACACCAUCUACUGCACACAGCAGUUUACAUCCAGUGCUGUUACCUUCGGAUGUAUUUGACCAACCACAACCUGUAGGUAAUAAGAAAAUUGAAUUUCAUAUAUCUACUGACAUGCCAUCUGCAUUUAAGAAAGAUCUAGAAAAAGAACAAAAUUGUGAAGAACAAAAUUAUGAUUUACCUGCUACUGAAGGUGAUGCACCCAAUGUAGGAUUUGGAAAAAUCUUCCCCAAACCUAAUUUGAACAUCACAGAGGAGAUUAAAGAAGACUGUGAUGAAAUGCCAUCAGAGUGUAUUUCUAGAAGGGAGUUGGAAAAAGGCAGAAUUUCUAGAGAAGAAAUGGAAACACUUUCAGUUUUCAGAAGUUACGAACCUGGUGAACCAAACUGUAGAAUUUACGUAAAGAAUUUAGCUAAACAUGUUCAAGAAAAGGACCUUAAGUUUAUUUUUGGGAGAUACGUUGACUUUUCUUCAGAAACACAACGGAUAAUGUUUGAUAUACGUUUGAUGACAGAAGGUCGCAUGAAAGGACAAGCUUUCAUUGGACUUCCAAAUGAAAAAGCAGCAGCAAAAGCCUUAAAGGAAGCUAAUGGAUAUGUUCUUUUUGGAAAACCUAUGGUGGUUCAAUUUGCUCGAUCUGCUAGACCAAAACAAGAUUCUAAAGAAGGAAAAAGAAAGUGUUAAAAAUUAAUAAAGAAGCAUUCCUGCGUAAAUACUGCUGUAAUACUGUCAUACAAAGUGUAUCCUUUCUUGUUGUAUCCUUUUUGGGGCAGUGUUUUUUGUUCUUCCUAGAAAUGUUUUGUCACUUUCCCACUCAUGGAUUCAGAAUAAGCAAUAGUUUUUUAUAAUUUUAUUCAAAUGAGUUAUUUUUAAAAUUAUCAACAUUGAUUGGACAAAUCAUUUAUGUGGUGUUUUUUUUUGUUUUUUGGGAAGUUUUUUUGUUGUUUGUUUUUUUGUUGUUUUGGGUUUUUUUUGUUGUUUUUGUUUUUUUGGUUUUUUUGCUUUGUUGCUGAAUUUUCUAUGCCGUUCUUGAGGUUAUGUAAUUUUUCCAGGGAAAGUUAGUGAAUCAGGUCAACGUAUUUACUUGGAGAAUGUAUGCAUUUGCUUUAACACAGAAAUUAGUCUUGUUUCUUAUAUUUAUGUAUUUCCUAAACCUAAUUCAGUAACAUGCCUUCUGUUUUAUGAUGUAUCUGGUUUAGGUGUUCUAUAUAAUGUGUUGUAAAUUUUGUUUGGGGAAAGGAUUUUUUUCAUUUAAAAAAGUACACAUAAUGAAAAUUAAAAUAACUGGAUUUCCUUGUCAGUUCCAAAUAAGAGGAGCAGGUUUUAAUCUUGAUCUCACAUCUCAGGUUUUAAUAUUGAUAUGUCUUUUGACAUAGAUAGCAAGCAGAAGUAUCUUUUUUCCUCUUUCUUUUUCUAAACAAAACAAAAGGAAUAAGAAAAGAGGAACAGAGAGGAGAAGACAUAAUGUUGACUCAGGGUAGCACAUUAAGUGAAAAGAAACAAUACUGGUUCCUUUUGCUUCCAUGUCUUCCAACUGCUUUCCAACUUUGAGGAGAAGAAAUUGACACCUGGACUAUGGAACUAAAGAAAAAGGACUCAUGCUGCUUGUUCCACCAGACCUUGCAGACAGAUUGCAGGAGGUUGACAUGGUAAGAAAUCUUACCUUUUGCCAGCUGUCUCAGAUGUGCCAGGAUUUCUCAACUACAACAAUCUCAGGGUGAGCAAUAUUUAGCCAGUUAAAGUUUAUCCUGCCAACUAGCCAACUGUUGGGGAGGAAAAAAUUUCCUUCAAGAUUCUUCUAACUGGUCUAAGAAUUAAGCUGACAUGAAACAAAUUCAUAGUAGGAAAAAAACAUUUUAAUUAAUGGAGGCCCAAUAAUAACAUGAAGUCUUAAAUAUUCAAGUUAUAUGCUUCUGUACAUUUUAUGCGGAUGUUGCCAGGUGAACUGGGGAGACCCAGGGAGAUUCCAGGCCAGGGGGCCUCAACUUAGCUGAAGGAGUUGUCAAGAGCUCUCUGUCUUGUCUUGAAAAAACUCAAGGACAGGCACACAACACAGUGGAUGAGCGACAUAAGCAGGAAAGUUUAUUAAACUGAAAAGUAUA